AAAACAACCAAAUCCCAACCACCAUACAAUUAUCAUCUCCUGCUUCCCUUGCGCUACCAUGGCGGCAACUUCAUUGCUUCCCGCCAUUUCCAACGCCAUUGCCCUUUUCAAUCCCCUAAAUCAACCCCCAAAACCCCUAAUUACUCGUUGCUCUCUCGCAUCACAAUCUCUCUCAUCCGCUAAAUCUCACCUCCUUGAUCUAAUUUCCGAUCAAAACAGAGGCCUCGCCACCCAAUCCGACCGGCGAAAGCUGUCUCAGAUCACCGACGCCGUCGACUCUAUUGCUCUAAUCAACCGUGACCAGCUCACCACCAACGCAUCACUCUCUGGUACCUGGCGUUUGCUUUGGACCACCGAGAAAGAACAGCUGUUUAUCAUCAAGAACGCGAGCUUUUUCGGAACGAAAGCUGGAGACGUUUUGCAAGUGAUCGAUGUCGAGAAACGCAGUCUGAAUAAUGUCAUUACUUUCCCUCCAGAUGGAGUUUUCUUUGUUCGAUCUGAUAUGGAAAUUGCUUCACCCCAACGCGUCAAUUUUAGGUUUACAAGUGCGGUUCUACGUGGGAAAGAUUGGGAGUUUCCACUGCCACCAUUUGGUCAAGGAUGGUUUGAUUCAGUCUAUUUGGAUGACAAUAUUCGAAUUGCUAAAGACAUACGUGGAGACUACCUGAUUGUUGAUCGUGCAUCUUACCAAUGGAAAGAGUGAGAGGUAAUCGAAAUUUGGUUCUAAGUGUUAACAAUCACUACGUUUUGUUUUCAAUAUGUAUUUUUGGAACUUGGGUUCUCAUACAUUUUCUGUAUAUAUAUAUGUGGUGAAACCAAAAUACUUGAUCUUGAUUUCUGUCGUUUUGGGAUACUUUAAUUAGAUCAAUUUUGC